GAGGGAGAGAGUGUGGAUAAGGUUGGGAGCAUGGAGCCACAGAGGACGUGCCACGUGUGACACUGAGGAUCACCAAUCCAUGGUUCAUGUUAACUCUUCUUACGAUCACAUGGUAUUUACUAUCACUGCUCCAGCUCGCCACUGCUGCUCCUAUUGCAAAACUAAAAGAGUGAUAAAUAUUAUUAAGAAGAAGAUUGAUAGACAGAGAGAAGGAUGGCUGCAGCUACUUCUUCUGUGUUGGGUCUGAAACAGUCUCCCAUAUUUACUGCUAUUCCAAGAACAGCAGCGCAGGGGAUCCCUUCGCUCGCUCGAUCUUCUCCUUCCUCCUUCAGGGUUGUGGCCAGCAAAAAGAAAAUCAAAACCGAUAAGCCCUACGGAAUUGGCGGUGGGAUGGAGCUGAGGGAUGGGUCUGAUGCAUCCGGCAGGAAGGGAACGGGAAAAGGCGUCUAUCAAUUUGUAGACAAAUAUGGUGCUAACGUUGAUGGAUACAGUCCAAUUUACUCGCCAGAGGAAUGGUCUGCAGGUGGUGAUGUUUAUGUUGGUGGUACCACUGGCUUGUUGAUUUGGGCUGUUACCCUAGCUGGCCUUCUUGCAGGAGGUGCUCUUCUUGUUUACAAUACGAGUGCUUUAGCACAAUAAGGCAUCAAUGUUGUAAUCUAUGUAAUGUGUCAAGUCUAUUCCAACACUAGGAAAAUCUUGAACACUCAUAAAAAUUAUGUUAAAACUUGUAUGUAAUAUUGUGGCUUGGUUCUUCCAA